AAUGCGUCAGGACGUAACGCAAGCUUUCAUUGGGGGACGUUACGUAAAUUCCAGAAGGCAGGAAGUGUGAUGUGGCUUUGAUUCCUAUCAAAAAAUGUCGGCCAUUUUCAACUUCCAGUCACUGCUAACCGUGAUCCUUCUCCUGAUCUGUACUUGUGCCUACAUCAGAGCGCUGGCUCCCAGCCUGCUGGACAAGAAUAAAACCGGGAUCCUAGGAAUUUUCUGGAAAUGUGCCAGAAUAGGUGAGCGGAAGAGUCCCUGGGUGGCUUGCUGCUGCAUCAUCAUGGCUUUCAGUAUACUGUUUCUACAAUAGUAUCCAAAGAAGAGCACGAGCGGGAACAUUGCAGAAAUGAACAGGAAAUGAGGCAUGGACUGUAUGAUCCUAGAGGCACAAUAAGACCUCCAUCUGGCUGUGGUAUAACUGAAACGUGUUUUCACAAAUCACUGCAACGGCCAGAUGAGAUGUGUCAGAGAGGACAGGGGUGAACGGACUGUCCCAGUGUGUCUAGACCCCUUCACGGUCCUCCUGGUCUUUGUCUGUGUUUGUCUAUACCAUUUGUUUACUCCUGAUCCAUGUGGGUGGAGAGGGGGGCAAUCCUCAUCUGUUGUCUUCUAUUUGUGGGAUCAGUUGAUAUAGUUUCCCURAUUUUAUUUUUAAUUUGUCACAAAGAGGGCCCUGGUAAAGGUCCAAAAUUUCAAGGAAUUUUCUGGAAAACUUAUAAUUGGUUCCCUUUUUUUGUAUCAUCACAUAAAGCAAAGACAUUGAUCAUAUUUGACAGCAUCCACAAUGUAUUUGUAGCUCCUCAAGUGUCCAGUUAUCCUUUAGUACUCACUUUAAAGAGCAACUGUGACUUUUAAAGUCAAACAGUUUGCGGCUAUUUAUUAUUCUACUUUAUGGAUUUUUUUAUUAAAUAUUUUGUCAUCAGCGUUUUCUGCAGACAUCCAGUUAUAUCUGUUGUUGAUGCUACAUAGUAAAGUGUCAAUAUCGAUGACUAAAGAUGCAAGCUAUGUGUUGGUAAUAAAUCUUUUGUUGAUCUUUUCUGUGAA